AUGCCUCAGCGGAACAACAAGCGGAAGAUACCAGCGCAACAAGAAGUGGCUGCACUCAACGCCCGGAUUGCAGCUGAGACCCCAGAAAGGGGAACCGUUCCAUCCCUCAAGAACUCAGUUAUUGCAUUUAGUUCACUGCCUCUUUCGAACAACACAUUGCGAGGCCUCGAAUUCAAUGCUUACACAAAUAUGACGGCUAUUCAAUCUGCUUCGAUUCCUCACGCACUAGCAGGGAGAGAUAUUUUGGGGGCUGCCAAGACUGGUUCAGGAAAGACGCUUGCAUUUCUGGUUCCCAUGUUGGAAAAGCUCUACCGAGCCGGUUGGUCGACACAAGAUGGGGUGGGAGCGAUUGUCUUGUCGCCAACCAGAGAGCUUGCGGGACAAAUAUUUGCAGUUCUAAGAAAAAUCGGAAAGUUUCACUCCUUCACGCUGGGUUUGUUGAUGGGAGGACGCAAUAAGAACCGUCGUGAACACAACGAAUUUCUACAAGAGCAACAGUCCAUUCCAAACACGAAUAUUCUGAUUUGUACUCCUGGAAGAUUACUUCAGCAUUUGGAACAAACGCCUUAUAUGAAUGCCGAUUCUCUUCAAAUGCUUAUUUUGGAUGAGGCAGAUAGAAUUCUAGAUAUGGGAUUCAGAGACCAGUUGGUACGAAUCCUUGACUAUUUUCCAGCUGGGGAACGACAAACUCUCUUGUACAGUGCAACACAGACAAAGGAUGUCAAACACCUUGCUACACUGAGUAUUAACCGAAAAAAGGUGGAGUAUGUUGGAGUGCAUGACAAGGACACGGAGACUACCCCGAAUCAGCUUCGCCAGUCGUAUGUGAUUGUUCCACUGGAACACAAGCUGAACUGUUUGUUCAGUUUUCUAAAGUCACAUUUGAGAAGCAAGACUAUCGUCUUUCUAGCAUCCUGUUCGCAGGUCCGCUACGCCUGGGAUUUAUUCUGCCAACUGAGGCCGGGUCUGAGUGUCCUUGCGAUUCAUGGAAAGCUGUCUCAGCCAAAGCGAAUGCAGGUCUACGACAAAUUUACCACCACUCCCCAUUCUGUCCUCUUUGCAACCGAUGUAGCCUCGCGAGGUUUGGAUUUCCCGAAUAUUGACUGGGUCCUUCAAGUAGAUGCUCCGGAGGAUGCCGAUAUGUACGUGCACCGUGUUGGAAGAACGGCACGAUUCCAAAGUAAAGGCCAAGCUCUUCUGUUGCUAGACCCAGCGGAGGAGAAGAGCGUAACUGAGAAUUUCAAUCUGAAAGCCCCGUUGAAGAAAAAGUCUAUCAACCCGACAAAGACCAUGUUGGUCAGUCAACGGGCAUCGUCCUUGGUUGCCGAACAUGGAAAUCUCCAUUUACUCGCCAAGAAGGCCUUUCAUUCGUAUGUCCGAUCGGUUGCCCUGUUACCCAAAACGGUUUGGGCUGACUUGGACGUAAAGAAGAUGAACCUUGAGGCCUUUGCUCUCUCCUUGGGACUCGCAGCCAUGCCCGACUUGGACUUCCUCAAGAAAGUCUCAAACCGAGACGGCCUCCGUGAGUCCAAAAACGUCAAUCGCAAACUCCAAAAGCUAAAGGAGCAGAUCAAAUUGGAAAAGGAGAAAAAGAAGAGCAGAAAGGAGAAGAAGCGCAAGGCAGACAGUGAUGACGAUGAAGCGGAUGAAGAAGACGAUCUGCUCGUUGUCAAGGCCCGACACGAAUACAACGAGGACGAUGUCGAUAAUCAUGGAUUGGCGUCCAGUGCUCGUCUUGCCAAAAAGAUUCGCAUUGAUAGUGGCAACUCGGCACCACAACAACACACCAAGUUUAAUGAUGAUGGUACAGUGCAACCCAAACUCGUGUUGGCCAAGGAAAGCGGCGACGACGACGAAAGUGAAGAAGGAGAAGAGAUUGACGGAAAGUUGGGAGAAGCCAAUGAAAUGUACAUGGAACAAGUUCUACAACGAUUGGAGAAGACCCGUGACCUGGACAAGAAAGAAGAGCGAGAGAGAAUCCGUUCCAAGCACAAGAAGCAAAAGAUGAAAGAAAAAGCCGCCGCCAUGGCCGAGGAAGGGGAUGAAAUGGAGGAGCCUACCACUGCCACUCUGGCUGUAGAUGCCAUGGAAAAAGAGGAUGCAUUGGUUGCUUCGUCUUCGUCUGGCUCUUCAUCGUCAUCUUCCGAACCUGAAAGCGAGGGUGAUUCCUCUUCCAGUGACGACUCGUCUUCUAGUGAUGAUGACGACGAUGAUGAUAAGAGUACAGAUGUGGCCGCGCAAGAAGAUCUUGCGCUGUCCUUGAUCCGAGGUACUGCUUAG